AAUUUGUCAACAACCGCCAAUAUGGCGGCUGUGACGGCUGGCCGUCCUAGUAAGGGAAGGUCAAAGCGUGUUGCUACGGCAUGUGCUUUCCUUUCGAAUAUUUCACUGGAUGGAAAUAUUACAAAGGAAGCAGCUGAACGGAAAAAAGAAAAGGCUAGUCCCAAAGAAAGCAAUGAACACGAUCGUGGAGACACUGGCCUCCCGCUAGAAGCGACAAGAAGGACAAGGAAUAAACUGCUGCACUCUGUAUCUGAACCCUCGACCUCCGGUGGAGAAUCUUUUGAGGACAGCUCCAAACGAUCAAUACACAGACAACGUAGUGUUACGGAGGCUAUUCAUGAGAGAAAAUGUCAUGAGAGCUCCGUAAUGGUACGAAGGAGUGUUUCAAUGUCUGAAUCGUCCUACGACCCUUCGACUACGAGUGUUAGUUUUCAACGUACGAAGAAUCGGAUUUCGUGUUUGGCGGGAUCUUCUUUCCACCACAAGAGACGAGCAAAUGACAAGAGAAUAGUCUUGUGUUCUUCUCAAAAGGCUCCACUGGCCACCUACUCUGUCCUGAAAUAUCAUAAGGAAAACCAAGAAGCAGGCCAGGAAGGAAUGAGUGUCAAGAAGAUAUCCAUAGCUACACCCAGCCAGUCUGCUGGUAUUGAAGGGGUUCAACUUGGAACAAUUGACAAGCCAGUAUCAUACAGAUCAUUUCUGAUAUCAACAUAUCCCUUGGCUUGGAAUGAAGCUGUUUCCAACAAAGGAUCUCCAUCUGUACCUUUACCAAUGGAUAAUGGAGGACUUGUUUCAGAGAAUGUCGAGGGAACAUUGCCAUCACCCAGUUGGUAUGAUCCUCUUCUUCUUGAUAAUCCUGAACUGAAAUCAGGUCGGCACAGAAAGGUUCUCAACUUGACUUCAUACUUGGUAUCCAUGGUGGCAUAUGCAAAGCCUUCUGAGCUGAAAAAAGACCUGAAUGAACAAUUCAGAGAAAAGUUUCCAAAUCUCAACAUUACCCUCACAAAAUUAAGAAGCUUAAAGAGAGAUAUUAUAAAAAUAGCAUUAUCACAAGAUUGCCUGCUUGAUCCAACGACAGUGGGUUAUGCAUUUGUCUAUUUUGAAAAACUUAUUUUGAAGGAAAAGAUUACUAAGGCAAACAGAAAGCUUUUGGCAGGUUCCUGCUUGUUACUGGCUGCAAAAUUUAAUGGUGAUAUGAAAAGAGAGAAAAUCAAAGAGGUCAUUGAGGCCAUAGAGGAUAGGCUUCGAAUAUCAGCAAAAGAGCUCAUUCGAUUUGAAUUCCAAGUUGUUAUUGCUCUGGAGUUUGAUUUACACAUUCCACAGUGGGAGAUCAUACCGCAUGUAAAACGAAUGGAAACAGAAUAACUUCAUAAAAAUCCGUUCAUAAAUAAUGUCACCACCCGUUCUUAAUCCAAGAAACAAAAUUGUUCAGGAAUACAAUGUUAAAUGUUGGGUUUUAGAAGGUAUUGUUGCUUGAGAAACACAAGGUUUGUACAGGUCAUGAAAGGACAUGAAAAAUUUAGAGUUAUCCAAUCAUCUGUCAUUUUUUCCAUGAUAAUAUUUUUUAUGUUUUUUCAUUACUGUAGUGCAAAUCUCAUUACCUUCAAGGCCUGGAAGCUCAAGUGAAUUGAGUGUGAUUUCCUCAAGGAAAAAAAAACGAAAUAGCUAAAGAAGGAAUUAUUUUGAAAACAAGCUAAAUUUUUGGGUUAUGAAAAUGUGGGAUACUAAUACAAGGGAAUACAGUUCAUGGAAAUUCAUGGUCAUGAAAUAUUACAAACCACUAAUUGUCAGGCCCAGUUGUUCAAAGCUGGGUUAAGAUAACCCAGGGUUAGUGUGAAAUUCGAUUUCAGAUCUGGAAGCUUUUAAAAAAAUUGGGUUAAUCCCACUUGUCUACAAUUUGAUGAUUGAAUACACUAAAAAGAAUUUGGAAGACUUAUCUCAAAACAGCUUUUGAACAGAGAAAU